AUGGAGCCUCCUGUCUCGCGUACCCGUAAGCGACAGAGGGAGUUUACGGGUUGUUGGCGUUGUCGUGGGCGGAAAGUGAAGUGCGACAAUGGAUUCCCUUGCUCAGCAUGCAAGCGACUGGGCUUCGAGUGUGAUAGCUCAAGUACGCGCCUUGUCUGGAUCAAUGGCAAGGAGUCCUACCGAUCGGCCGGACGGAGAUAUAUGCACUGUGAGCGAACUUGGGCGAACUAUGCCGCUCUCGACCCAGAUGUGGUCGAUCUAUUGAUCGCGCGAUUGGAUGACGACGAGACGAGCGAGGCGCCCUGGCCUUCAGGGAUCGACUAUAAUCCCUUCUCGGUCUUUCCUGCUGCGGUCUCGAUAUCGUUAGGGUCCAAUAUGAACCAGGCCCUGGUGUGCAAUAGUACGAAGACGCCACAAGCAAACCAGGAGGAGAAACUCCUCUUUCACCACUACGUCGACUAUGUGGCAUCCAUCAUGAUGCCGUUUGAGCAUCCGUGCAAUCCCUGGAAACGACAUUACCCUGCGGUCUCGCUGCAAUACUCGGUGUCCGGGGAGAAAGCAUUAUACCAUGCUAUUCUAGCCCAUGCAGCAUUUAACUUUGUCCAUUUAGGGAACGACAGACAAAAGAUGAUGCGGCUGGCCACAUCAAACUACAACGCGGCAAUCAAAUAUGUGAAUGACUCCCUCCGAGUGACUGGCAAGGACUCUGGUAGCACUCUGGCAGCCAUUAUGACUCUGAUGAUGGCCGAGGUCUACAGUGGCAAUUCCAGCAAGUGGAAGCAUCAUCUCCAAGGGGCGUGGGCCUUUCUCCUUGAAUCAAAUGGCAAAGAGCCAUGGAACGAAUCGGAAUUUGCCUGCUUUUCCACCCAGAGCCUACUGAUUGUGAAGAUCAUCGGGGCUACCUGUUUGACAGACGGCCAAAACACGACCCAAAUACUACCACCCAGUCCUGAAUUUACCUCGACAAUCGUAACUAGGCCUGUGACAGCUGGACCUACUGUCUCUCCUUCCAUAAAUUCGGACCUAGCACUUUCCUCGUUUAUCUCGACAACCCCACAGUUUGGAUUCACCAUCGGCGCCCAGCGACUCCUUCUCGAAUGCAUUUCCACUAUCACGACCGUCAGCCGGCAGAUGCGAUCCGGCGCCUCCCCCCGAACGCGCUUAAUUGCGGACCGGACUGUCUCCCAGUUGCUCGCCUAUUUGAAUCUUCUCCAGGCGGAAGCCCUCGAUAACACCCUCGGGGACAUCGGGAUCGAACAGGUUUUCGAGUGUAAUCCACAGACCUCUAAAUCCAAUAUUCAGGAACUGGCACGAUACCAGCUCAACGCGUUCAUCUUCGCAACCUACAUCUACCUAUAUCGAGCUCUCCUGGAUGUGCCACCCAAGCGCGUCGCAGUGUACGUAUCCCUGACAUUCGAUAAUAUCACCGCCUUCUCCGCGCUGAGCAGUGGUAAUAUCUCUCUGUGGCCGGCAUUCAUCGCGGCGGUAGAAGCCUACACAACGAGGGACAUGGAGUCAUCGCGCCGGUGGCUGGAACAGUCGACGCAUUUUGGACUCGGGAACCGGCUUGCAGUCAAGUCGAUCAUCGAGGAGGUGUGGCGGAGACGGGAUGCUUUCUGCACGGAAAGGGGGAUGGACACAGGGCUGGUUGCGGUGGAUUGGCGAGAUGUAAUUAGAGAUUUAGGAAUGGAUAUUCUGUUGAUAUAA